AUGGUCCGUGGCCUGGUGUUUGUGGCUCUCCUCACAGGCUGCUUUGCCUCCGGGAACCUGCGCGCCAAUGCCACGGUGAACGCCACGAACGCUACAGCCAAGGGCCUGACCUUGAAAUCUUCUGCGGCGGCCGGGAAGUGCACUGCCAAGGACGCGGCCGCAAUGACGCAGCUGGGCGGAGGAGAGUUCUGA